UGUAGUGGAGGAUGACGGGGCUCACCUAGGUGCAGGUUAGGCAGGUGAAGCGCCUCCCCCGGAAACGGAGCUGGAGUGCCCCACCUGCCCUGGCUGCACGGAUCGGAUCCAGCACUUCCAGGUUUCUUGAGCCAGCGGUGACAGCUGAGGCCAUGUGAGUCUGAUCCUGAAUGAGGCUUUAUCUCUGGGUCUUCAUCCAGUCCCAUCGUCCACCGUGGCACCAGCUCCCUCGGCCAGCUGGGAUGGAACAGGCAACCGAGAAAGGCAGAGCCAGAGAGGUGAUGCUGACCAUCCCCUGGACCGUGAGAGGAACAGGACUCUGGGCCUCUAGCUGCCACGCAAGUGGUGGGGGCUCCAGGCUGUGAUCAGUGCCUCUGACCACUGACGCUGCCCUCUGCCCUUACUUGUGCCCAGAUCAGCCAUGUCUGAAGGAGGGGCUCGGGCCCCACCAGGCCGGGGGCUGCCCCCGGAUGUGAUGGCAGAGCAGGUGGAGCUGUGGUGGUCCCAGCAGCCGCGGCGCUCGGCGCUUUGCUUUGCCGUGGCCGUGGGCCUGGUGGCAGGCUGCGGCGGUGGCGUGGCCCUGCUGUCCUCCACCAGCAGUCGCUCGGGUGAGUGGCGCCUGGCAGUGGGCACAGUGCUCUGCUGCUGUGAGCAGACACUGCCCCCGACCCGUGCAGCCGCCCCCUCCACCCACAGUGACCGCAGAGGCAAUGGCAGUGUCUUCAGCAUCUCAGGACAAUUGUCUGCUGGCCAACGUCACGAGACCACGUCCAGCAUCGCCAGCCUCAUCUGACCGAGCCCUCCUUCCCACCACCUGCCUCAGCCCCCACAGAACUGUGCCUGGACGCAAGUGAGUGUGUGUGUGCACACGUGCACCAAGGGGACGGUGACCGUGUAUGAGCAUGUGCAUGUCCCCAGGACUGUCCAGCCCUCUGAGGGACUGUGUGAUGUGUGAGGAAGCGCCCAUGUGUUCCCAGACACCCACAUCACAGGGAGGGGAAUGCUUCUCUUUGGGGCUCACGGAACUGUCAGAGUCUGCCUGGCUGUGUCUGGGGCCUCUAGGCAGAGAAGUGUCUGGGAUCCCUGAAGAUUCCUGGUCCCUAUUCCUAACACCCCUCAAAGCCAACCCCGCCCUGUAACACCCAUCAGGGAUUUCCCCAGGAGAGGCCCACUGCCCACUCUGAGCCCAGUGAGUCCCCUUCAUUGAGGAGCGCGAGCGGUGGCAAAGUGUAAAGGACACAGGCUCCAGAAUAUCAGGCCUGGACUGGAGAACCCCUUGUAUGCUCACCAGCUAGGGGGCUCGGGCCUAACCUCUCUGAGCCCUGGUUUCCUCAAAGUUAUGGUCAUGGUAAUGGUCAUGGAUUGUGAGGGUCAAAUGACAUUGUGGACUGGGCACAUGGCAGAUGUGCAAUAAAGUGCUGGCUCCU